UAUGCUCCAUGUCAGCGUGGGAAAUGGUGGUGGUGAAAUGGUUGCAGCGUCAAAUGCAGAGACAGAAUAUAUUGUACCAGGAUUGGACAGGCCACAUUCCGUGGAACUGGACAGCAAUACACAACAGGAGCAGUGCGAUGAAGGUACAGUUGCUUUUCAUAUGGUCCAUGUUGGGAUGGGCAAUGGUGGUGGUGAAAUACAUUACACAAACAAGAAUGCGAGAAUGACACAAGGUGAAGAUACAAGGACAUUGGCUCCUGCAUCAAUUUCAGAAACAGAAUAUAUUAGACUGGGAGACCUGGACAGCCCACAUGCAAAAGAUGGCAAGAGUGCAGUACUUUUUUUGGCGGCUCUUCAGUGGAAGUACACAAAAGUUGAGACAACAUCAAGGGACUGGGAGUGUUUAGUAGGCACAGGAGUUGGGAAAGAUAUGGAACCUGACAUUACUUGGAGAAGAGAUUUGUUCUUAGUGGCAUUGAGAGGAAGGUUUGAACAGGUGCAAACAGCAUGGUGGAAUUUUGAGGCAUCAUACAAAGGACAGCUCUGUCUGCAGUGGCAGAUUGUUGUUGAACUGAAGGAAGGUCAAAACAUGUUAGAAGAGGUGAAGAGCAUGGAGACGUGGGCAGUGGGUGAAAAGCGGGCCGAAACAAGCAAGUACAAAGCGGGGCAGACAGACACAAAAUGUGCCUGCACAUCAAAACUGUACAAUUCCGGGGUGGAAUAG